AUGUUAUCGGAACCCUCUAUGCCAAGCCUUCACCAUGGUCCCGAUGCAAAGCCCUCAUUUGGCAAGCCUCUCACCAGUCUUCCUGCGCUUCAUCUCCCCCCGUCUUCCCUCCUCCUCCCGUCUUCCGUCAUCUUUCCUCUCCCCUCACUCCCUCUUCCUUGCGCACCCGUUUUUCCUCAUCAUGCUAAAGAGCGGUCUUGCUCGAUUUGCUGCCGGGAGGCGAGUCGGGGCUGCUUCCCUGAGGUCCGCUACAAUAAUUAA